ACCCAACAUGAAUUAAAAGCAAAAAAGAAUUAAAGCCAUGAGUAGUCCUCUCGUGUUGCUUCCUCUCCUCUUCAUCGUCCUGUUAUGGCCAUCAUACGCAACAUCAACUUUGCAACUGGCAAAGCCCAAUUGCCCUAGUGAAUGUGGUAAUAUCCAUGUUCCUUACCCUUUUGGCUUCGGUUCCAAAGAGUGUUACAGAAACAAUGAUUUCAAGCUAACCUGCGACAAAAGCAACAACACUGCAAAACUGAUCGCAGGGUCAAACAUUGAAGUUUUAUAUAUUUCAUCUCAAGGACAAGUGAGUAUACUUUCUACUAUAAGUUACGAUUGCUACAAGAAGUCCGGUCAACGGACUGAUCGUUUUGAAAGUUAUACGGUAACGGACGACCAAAACAUCUUCACCGUGUCUGAUACAGAGAACAAAUUCACAGCUCUGGGUUGCGACACCAUGUCCAUCCUUACGGGUUACAAUGGCCGGAACUUCCAGAGUGGGUGUAGCAUGAUUUGCAGCAACAUAUCUGAUGUGAUCAAUGGUUCCUGCACGGGCAUAGGCUGUUGCCAGACUUCAGUUCCAAAGGGCUUCGGAAGCUUCAAUGUUUCUGUUGACAGCUAUCAAAAUCAUACCCAAGUCUUUGAUUUCAAUCCCUGCAGCUACGCUUUCGUUGUUCAAAGUAGCUGGUUCGACUUCACUGUCUCUGAUCUCUCCAAUUUCGCAAGUCUUAGGGGAACUGUCCCUGUCGUGUACGACUGGGCAGUAGAUCUAAAGUCUUGUGAAGAAGCUGUGAAAAACCAGACUACUUACGCAUGCAAAAAUAGCGAAUGUGUCCCCUCCAAGAAUGGUCUUGGCUACAGCUGCAUUUGUUCCGAAGGUUAUGAAGGGAACCCUUACCUUCGUGACGGUUGCCAAGACGUGGAUGAAUGUAAACUCCCUCGUAAUAAUUGCUCUAAGAAUGCUAAUUGCAUAAACACUCGUGGGAGUUAUUACUGCAAUUGUCCAAAAGGCUUCCAUGGUGACGGUUUUGAAAAUGGGAGUCGUUGUGUCGCUUCUCUUCCGGUGAUAGAAAUUAUUGCAGGUAAUUUUCUUUUCUUUACAAUAAUAUAAUAAAUUUAAUAAAUUCAUUUAUUUAUUU